UUAAUCUUGAGCCGUAACAGUGAUGUUUAAUAUAAGUCUUUUCUCUGGAAAUAAAUAGACUGUUUUGCAUUAUUUCCUAAAUUCAGUGUUUUAGUGUCAGUAAGGACAUUUUACUACGUGUGAUAAUGUUUGUCUGUAUAUGGUAUAACAUUGGCGAUCCUGAUUGAUUCGUGAAUGUUAGUAUGGAAAAUGGCUACGGAAGUUUUAUUGGUAAAUGGAUUUUCUAAUUUUGAAGCACAGAAUCCUUACUGUGGUAAUAUUUGGAAACACUUACACUAGAGUUUAAGUAGUAACAGUUGCUUGAACCGAACCCUUUAUAAACCCUCAGAAAUAUAGAAGUCAUUAUUUUUUUAUGGAAGAGGUUUUCAAAUAAUUUGUCGAUGGGAUAUGUUCAGCAGAAGUAGCUUAGAAGCUGCUUGUGAGGCUGCAGCCAAAGUGAAUGCUGUACUUAUUGCAAAAGGAAAACUAAAACAACCUGCCCCACAGAUCAUAAAGGUAGGAAAUAGUUUUCGGACCUCAUCAGAUCUAUUUACAUCAGAAUACGAAAUUAACGAGGCCCCAAUAGCUGCACGCAAUCUGCUUACUAAAGGGCAUACACAAGAGGAGAUAAAUCAGUUCUCAGGUGCUGCCGUGUCAACACGUGGUCGGUAUCUGAACCAGGAGGAGCGUACUAGGAAUCCGGGCGAGAGGCCAUUGUAUCUUCAUAUUCAGGCAGCCACCAAGCAAGCCAUUGAUUUGGCAGUCCAGAAAAUAGAGGAGAUCAUACAGCAACAUCAGAUGGACCAGCUUCCACCACUUGGUCGCCAGAGCAAAUUCAAAAUGGGACCACCUCAGCAAAAUAUGCCACCACCAUUAAUGAGUAUUCAUGCCACGAUGCCUUCCGUUGAGAAAGUUUUGAUUGGUCUUGAGCAUGCUCCACCAACAUUUGAUUUGCGAAAUAAGUUGAUUGGGCAGGGAGGAGCUAAUCUUCACUACAUUCGCAAUGAAACAGGAGCAAUGGUCACAUUACGGGGCAAAGGAUCUGGUUUCAUAGAACCUACAACAGGAGCAGAAUCCAUGGAGCCUCUCCAUCUUUGUGUGGAGCAUUCAAAAUUUGAAGGCCUCCAGGCUGCGCAGCAGUUGGCUAUUAACUUGAUAGAGACAAUGCAACAAGAAUUUGCUCAGUUCCAACAACAGCAGCAGCAGCAACACCAGCAGCAGCAACAGCAACAGCAACAACAACAACAGCAGCAGCAGCAUCAUCAUCAGAAUCAUCAAAUAAACAAUCUUGCCCUGCAGCAAGCUCAGUUCCAGACCGUGAGUGUAGGCAGUUUGGGUCAGCCUGGAUUAGUGACUUUACAGCAUCAUCAGACUCUACAGCCACAAGAGUUUGUCCAACAGCAGGGUGCUAUUCCUGGGUUGGUGGCAACAUCUAUAUCACUUCCAGUUGUGUCUAGUGUACCUGCAAUAUUCACCAACCAAAUGCCACAGCAGCAAGUUGCCCAGCUGACAGGCCCACCACCACUGUUGGGUGUUCCACCACCUCACUUAACACAGCAGCAUCAGCAGCUGUUGCAACAGCAUCAACAACAGCAGCAGCAACAGCAGCAUCAGCAACAGCAGCAGCACCUGUUGGCACAACAGCAGCAUUUACAACAGCAAGUUCAACUUCCACCUCCAGGACUUCAUAUACCUACACAUCAAGGGCCUUUGGUUCCUCCACAGCAGGCAGUUUCACAUCAGCAACAACAUCUGCAGGCUGUGAUGCAACAACAGCAGUUGCAGCACCAGCAGCAGCUUCAGCAGCAGCAGCAACAGAUACAUCAUCAACAAAUACAGUCACAUCAAACACAAGUGUUACUCCAACAGCCACCGCCUGGUAUUCCAGUGCAGGGCCAACCGCCACCACAGAAUGCUUUAACGUCAUUGCCACAACAGUUGGUAGCACCUCCUGGAAUGGUGGUCGUGAGCCAGUCCGGGCCUGUAGGAACAACUGCUGUUGUCACCUCCCAACCUCAGCAGCCACCAUUAGUUCAACAGCCUCAGCCCCCAGUCCCACCAGGUCAUCAAGGUCUGGCACCUCCACCAACAGCUGUCCCACCACCAAAUCAGACUUUGCCGCCACAUUCUUAUGGAAGUCAACAGAUUUAUGUCACAACACAACCACCACCGACAUCUGGUGCCCAUGCGCAGUUGGUACCACAGUCAGUGCCUGUUCCAUCCCAGCAACCUGGCCAGGAACCUCCACAACCAGUGCCUAUGCCAACCCUAGCUGGUCAGCAGCAGCAGCCACCGCAACAACAUCCUCAGCAGCCACAGCAGCUGGGUAGUAUUGGGGCUCCACAACAACCACAGCCAGGUCAGCAGCUACAGCAGUUACCUCCACAAGGUUUUGUGGCUGGGCCUCCAGGAACACAGGCUGUCACAAUUUCGUACCCAUAUCAAUAUAUGCAGAAUUCCAUACCAGCUCCUGCUAGUUAUCCAGCAUUUGGACGUCCAGAACCUCAGCAAGCUCCACAGGGGAUGCAUACCCAAGUGCAACAACAGCAGCAGGGUCCUCAUAUACAAGCUCAAGGACACCCCUUGCAACAUCAAGGACAACCCUGGCAACAGGGUCUACCCAUGCAAGCACAAGGUCCCUUACAAAGCCAGGGACCUCCUUUACAAGGUCAAGGACCCCUACUUCAGGGUCAGGGACCACCACUUCAGGGUCAGGGACCACCAAUUCAGAGCCAGGCACCUCCACUACAAGGUCAAGGGCCUCAAAUGCAACCAGGGCCACCAAUUCAGGGACCUGGAAUUCAACAGCCAGGACCGCCAUUACAGAAUCAAACUCCACCACAAGGUCCUCAUUUACAGCAAGGACCUUUUCAGCAGCAAAAUCAAGGUUCCCCUUUACAAAAUCAAAACUCCCAACUUCAAAAUCAAGGUCCCCCUAUACAGAAUCAGAAUACCCCAUUACAAAUAAAACAAGGACAAGGGCCACCUCUUCAGCAGCAACAAGGACCACCCUUGCAGCAGCAACCACCACCACAGUUGUUGCAGCAACAACAGCCGCCAUCUCAGCAACAGCAACAAACAUCUCAGCAGCAACAGCAGCAACAACAGCAGCAGCAGCAGCAGCAGCAGCUCAGCAAACCUGGCCAGAAGCGUCGCUUCACUGAGGAACGGGAAGAAUCUCAGGAAGGAUUCCAGGGCAACCGAUCCUUGGGUUUAGGACAAGGGCCAGCAUCCUCAACUGGAGUUCAACAUGCCAGGCAGGGUGUGGGUGUUGAAGAAUUGAUGCAGCUUAAUCAACAACAGCGACAGCAGCACCAGCAAGGCAGUCAGCAGCAGCAGUCUUCACCACAACAGCAGCAGCAGCAGCAGCAACAGCAACAACAGCAACAGCAGGUGACAAGAGGCCAGGGGAACAGGAGAUGAGUGUCAAGAGGCUUAAGGGAGGACCAGGUUUCAGCAUAGAAGAAGAAGAAGAUAAUGAACGAGAGAGGGAAAGGGAAGAAGCUGAAGGGAGCAACCCUACAUCAGGAACAAGUAAUGGGAAUCAUCGUGGAGGGAGUGGAGAUUUUCAGCAGCAUCCCCAACAGCGAGGAGGAUUGGGCAGUCGAGACCGACCUUCCUUUAACCAUUAUUCAUCUAAACCACAGCUGUAUAAUGCAAAUCUACCAUUCCAUAUGCAUGGAAUUAAUAUGUAUCCUCCACCCCCUCCACCACCUCCACCUAACUCACAACAGCAAACUCAGCAGCAGGGUUUACUUCAACCUCCUCCACCCCCACCACCUCCUCAGCACCAUCCCCAUCAACAUCAGUACCCAUAUUAUGCACCUCAAGGCCAGUAUCAAUACAGCCCAUACUGGAUGAUGCCACAGUAGAUAUUGGUAUGGGAUGUUAUGUCGUAGGUACCUGGCAGAGCUGUGAACUAUAUUUCAGUUAAGGGAUGGUCCAAACACAGGUCUACUUAAAGUAAGCCAGGGCUUCAUAAAAUGUAGUAUAGAUGCCCCUUAGAAGAGGACUGUAGUUUUGACCAUUUCCUUUUAUGUUAUUGCUCAAUCUUGUUAACUUUUAUUUUCAUGGUUGACAAUUAUAGUACUUGAUAUUUAGGCCCACAGUGUCUAUUAUAUAUGAUGCUGUUAAUUGAAAAUGUUAUGGUGUGUUUGUGCAACAUUCAUUAUUUCUGCGUUAACAGAUGAAACUUGCUAAACUUUCUUAGGUAUUUGAUCCCUUUGAAACCCCAUCCUCCAGCCUCCCUACACCUUUUUCUCUCUUAAUAAGCCUGUGUUUUGGUUUUAUUUGUUUAAACAACAUGACUUAAUUGUUGGAAAAUAAGGUAUUUUGAAAACUUUGCAAAGACUUUAUAGUUUACUGGUCAAAAAACAUUUUAGAAGUUCAUGGAGAUAGAGGCUUCAUGAAUGUUGAGGUGUGAACCUUUUUCUCAUUGCUGCUAAUAUAUCACAUUUGCCUGUAUAUUAGGUACGCAUGUUUUGUGUCUAUCAUUAUCAUCAAACGAUCAUCUGUGUAUGUUUCCCUCAACAUCACAGGGGCGGCAAGUAAUUGCAGUCACGGUCGCUUGAAAAAUCUAUGACUAGAAAAAGAUGGGUAAAGAGGUUCUGAUGGGACUGUAAUUGGCAAGAAACACAGCAGUGGAAGAUGAGUUCCUUUUGAGAAUAGAUGAAGCCUUAGCAGGGAUCACAUCUGUAUUGUGUGUAUGUACAUCAGUAUUGGA